AUGGGGUACAAGAAAAGCCGGUAUAUCAUCCCGGUGGUGUUCUAUGUACUGCUGCUCCUAUUGCAAUUAGUUCUGGCCAUGGAUAGAUAUAAUCCGGAUUCUUUGAAUGUUUUUGUUCAUGACUACGCAUACAAUGCAAUAGUAAAGCCACAUACAGGUACUCUCUACAAUAUCUCUCUGCCAGCUAAUUUUUCCGGUAUGGAAGUUUCGAUUGUUCAACUCAGAAGUAGAAAUUUCUGGACAAUAGGAGCCAAUUUUAGCUCCUUUCAAAUCCCUCCAAGGAUUGUACCAAUGCCUUUGGUGAAGAGACUAGCUAUAGUCUAUCAAAAUCUAGGCAAUUGGUCAAAUUAUUACUAUAGUGUGCCAAAUUAUACAUUAGUCACUAGUGUUGUUGGCUUCAUGACUUACAAUGCUUGGAAUUCGAGCACAAGAGACAAUGCAGUGCUUCAACUUAGCAUCAUGGGUGACCCCAUUUUGGUCCACUUUCCUCGGAUUUCAGAGCCUAAAGGUGAAAAUGUGACUAUGAAAUGUGUGAGAUUUGGCACUGAUGGUUCAGUUGAGUUCAGCAAUAUGACUCUGCCAAAUGCGUGUAUUGCGCGUGGUCAAGGCCAUUUCUCUAUUGUUGUGCCUUCGUCGUCUGAGAAGAAACAGAGGUUCUGGAAAUGGUGGGUGGUAGGGUUUGGGGUAGGACUUGUUGGAUUGGUUUUGGGGUGUUUGGGUGGUUUGUUGAUCUAUAAAUUGGUUAAAAUGAAGAGACUUGGAGAGAUGGAGAAACAGUCUGAAAAAAGUGAAGCAUUGGAGACUAGGUGGAUUGGAAUGAGUAAAAUGCCUUCAGCAUCUGGGAUUAGAACACAGCCAGUGCUCGAAAAUGACUAUGUUCCAUGA